GUUUACCAUGUGGGAGAUUUCUGGCCAACCUAAAUUGCUUGCGAAUCAAGACAUGCAUUCCCAGGUUCCAGGUUUUGUCCCAACGAGGAAACAGUCUGAGAGGAUCCGCCUCGAACGAACCUAGAGACAUUCAUUGGUUCAUAUUCGACGAGGGUGAAUUAAGAUAUAAUGGCUAACAGGGACGGAUGGCCAUGUUUUUGACUUGCACGCCCCUGGAGCUAAUCAUGUGUUUAUUUUCCAGGUUGGUAGUGGAGCUGCAAGCGGUGACGCUGGGCCUCUCCCCCUCUCUCCUCCAAACCGGGCUAGGUCUCGUGGCCCCGCCAAACCUGCUCAACAAGGCCAAGGGCCCUCUCAACCUUUUGCCCUCGAAAUCCAACUACCACACCGCAGCACCGUCGUCCCAAGCUGUAACAGCUCCCCUUUCGCCAGAUUAGCACCGAUUACUUUCGAGCCCCAGCAGCAAACAUGUCCCCACCACAAAGCGACGCCUUCAAGAAGGCCAUUGCCGACUCCAAGAAGCUGACCGCGAAGCCUAGCAACGAGCAGCUCCUCCAGCUGUAUGCCUUGUUCAAGACCGGUACCGGCGAAGACUUUGCCAAGGCCCCUGCCCCAAGCAUGUUCGAUAUUAAGGCAAAAGCCAAGAAGAAUGCCUGGAAGGCGAUCGUCGACGAGGGCAUAAGUGCUGAGGAGGCCCAGGAGAGAUAUGUCGAGCUAGUCGAGGCGCUGAAGGAGGAGCAUGGCUACGACGAGAACAAGCAGCCCGAGGCUGUGGGCAGUUAAUGAUCUAUCUUAGCUAUCAUAUGCCGAGAGUAAGAUGGAAGCGACUAGGAGAGAUGCCGCAGUGACAAACGUCGCGCGGAUUGAGUCUACAUGAGCACUCGUGGUUGGUCAUUCCCACAACUAUUGGCAGCACGGCACAGCAACGCAAAUCCCCCA